ACAGGAUUGUCUGGAACGAGACUGACCAUCUGCACCAACCUGUUCAAUUUCCAACGCAAAUCGGAGUCUGCCUUCUUUCAGUACCAUGUUGAUUUUGUCCCCGAUAUUCCCAACAUAAGGGUGAGAAAGUACUUAUUAAAAACAGUUGAGAAGCACCUUGGCAUCGACAGUUGCAACCAGUUUGACGGGUCCAUCCUUUUCACGUCACACAGGAUUGACGAUAAGGUAUGUUUUCAUUUUUGUUCCUGCAGGAGUGGAGAGGACAUCAAAAUAUCGAUCCGAUAUACAAAUGCUGUGCCGUACACUUCACCAAUGGUCUUGCAGAUAUAUAACCUCAUCUUUAAAAAGUUUGUGUUGAGGGAGAUUGGCUUGCAGAUCGUGGGAAGAAAUUAUUUCAACCCUCAGGCUGGUAUUGACAUAAGGGAGUUGGGAUUGAAGGUCUGGCCAGGAUAUUUUACCUCCAUACUGGAGUAUGAUGAGGGAAUAAACCUCAUGGUUGACAUCUGCCAUAAGGUCCUAGGCCAGGAAACUGUGCUUGAUAUACUGUACAAUGUGAGGAAGCUUAGACCUCGCUCUUACGUUGAAGAUAGCAAGAGAGAUGUUGUUGGAAAGAUUGUGCUAACCAGGUACAACAAUAGAACGUACAGAGUGGACGAUAUCGACUGGCGUCGCACCCCGAUGGACACCUUCCCUAUGAGAGAUGGCACCACCCAGAUGUCCUUCAAAGAGUACUACCGGACUAGGCACCACAUUGACCUCCUAGACGACACACAACCUCUUCUACUGAGCGUACCCAGUAGACGGGAGAAGAGGGCUGGCCAGGAUGGCCCCAUAUGUUUGAUCCCUGAAUUGUGCAUUGUCACUGGUAUAUCUGAUGAGAUCAAGUCAAACUUUCACAGCAUGAGGGAGCUAUCAACCCACACGAGGCUUGGGCCCCACGAAAGGUCCGGCAAAAUAGAACAGCUUCACCAGCAGAUACGCCGCUCUCAAAACGCCAUGAAGGAUUUAGCCAACUGGAAUCUAUCAUUGAAUCCCAACCUAUUGACAAUAGAAGCCAGAACUCUGGAGGCGGAACAAAUCUUUUUAGGAAUAAAAGGGUCUGCACGAGAAAAUCCCAAAGUAUGUUUUUCUAAUGCUGAUUGGAGCAGAGAUAUGCGUGCCCUAAAUCUACUGACACCAAUACGUCUCGAACGCUGGGCUAUGGUCAUCCCAAAGAGGCGUUUUGAAGAAUGUCAAAACUUUUUCACAAAAUUGGUGCAGGCUGGCCAGAUGAUGGGAGUAAAAAUUGAAGAACCUGAAGUUUACGAUUUGAACGAUGAGAGUAACAGAUCUUACAUACAGACUCUGGAGAAAUUUGAUAGGAAGGAUUACCAGCUAGUUAUGUGCGUGCUGGAAAGUGAAAAGAAGGAUAAGUAUGAUGUUAUCAAGAAAACUUUGUGCAUUAAUGUGCCAAUACCGAGCCAGGUGAUGCUGAUGAAGACUCUAAGGAAGCAGCCGGGGGCAGUCCUCUCUGUUGCCACGAAGGUCGUCAUCCAGGUGAACUGCAAGGUCGGAGGCGAAGGAUGGGCUGUCUCUAUACCCGCCAUGAAGUACUCAAUGGUCAUCGGGAUCGAUACCUACCAUGACUCGUCCAAGAAGUAUCGAUCAGUUGUUGGCAUUGUUGGCAGUACAAACAGUUCUUUUACCAAGUAUCAUACUACAUGGGCAUUCCAGGAGAAAGGUGAAGAAGUAUCCAGCUGUCUGUGCGCUGCAAUUGCCAGUUUGGUCAAGGCGUUCACCACAGCCAACGGCGGCAACAGACCCGGCAGAAUCUUCGUGUACAGGGAUGGUGUCGGAGACGGCCAGCUGGGAAUGGUCUACGAUCACGAGCUUCUCCAGAUUCAGGAGGGAUGCAAGGAUGAAAAUGAUCCCAAAUAUAAGCCUAAAAUCACGUUGUUCGUCGUCAAGAAGAGAGUCAACAACAGAUUUUUUGCAUUCGACAAAAACAGGCGAGCCAACCCUCCACCAGGCACCGUCAUUGACACCAAGGCCACCAGACCCCACUGGUACGACUUCUUCCUCAUCAGUCAGUCGGUUAACCAGGGCACUGUCACUCCAACCCAUUACAACAUCCUUCACGAUGACUCUGGCCUGAAGCCUGACCACCUGCAGAGGCUUACCUACAAACUCUGCCAUCUCUAUUUCAAUUGGCAGGGUACAGUGAGGGUGCCAGCCCCCUGCCAGUACGCCCAUAAGGUGGCCUUCCUGAUUGGACAGUCCCUGCAUGAGUCACCUAGUAACACUCUGGCCAACAAACUAUUUUAUUUGUAG